AACAAUCUUGGUACCAUUGCCCGAUCUGGUACAAAGCAGUUCAUGGAGGCCCUGUCCGCAGGUGCUGAUAUCUCGAUGAUUGGUCAAUUUGGUGUUGGUUUCUACUCGGCAUAUCUUGUUGCCGAUAAGGUUGAGGUUGUUACCAAGUCGAACGAAGAUGAACAAUACAUCUGGGAGUCGGCUGCUGGUGGUUCUUUUACUAUCAAAUUGGAUGAGACCGGAGAAAGAAUCAAGCGUGGUACCAAGAUUGUCCUUCAUAUCAAGGAUGGUCUGCAAGAGUAUCUCGAGGAGUCUAAGAUUAAGGAGAUCGUGAAGAAGCACUCCGAGUUCAUUUCAUACCCUAUUUUCCUCCACGUCACCAAAGAGGUUGAGAGAGAAGUUCCUGACGAGGAUGAGGAGGAAGAGAAGACAGAAGAGGGUGAUGAUAAGAAGCCCAAGAUUGAAGAGGUCGAUGAAGAAGAGGAAAAGAAGGAGAAGAAGACCAAGAAGGUGAAGGAGACCAAGGAAGAGGAAGAGGAGCUGAACAAGACAAAGCCCAUCUGGACUCGUAACCCCUCCGACAUCACUACUGAGGAGUAUGCCAGCUUCUACAAGUCUCUAUCCAACGACUGGGAAGAUCACCUUGCUGUCAAGCAUUUCUCGGUUGAGGGCCAACUUGAGUUCCGCGCCAUCCUUUUUGUCCCCAAGCGUGCUCCCUUCGACUUGUUCGAGACCAAGCGCUCCAAAAACAACAUUAAGCUCUACGUCCGCCGUGUAUUCAUUACUGACGACUGUACUGAUUUGAUUCCGGAAUGGCUUGGUUUCAUCAAGGGGGUUAUCUUGAAAGUUAUCAAGAAAAACAUUGUCAAGAAAACUCUUGAGAUGUUCAACGAGAUCUCCGAGGACCGUGAGCAGUUCGACAAGUUUUACAGUGCCUUUAGCAAGAACAUUAAGCUUGGCAUUCAUGAGGAUGCCCAAAAUCGUCCUGCCCUUGCCAAGCUUCUCCGCUUCAACUCUACUAAGAGCGGGGACGACGCCACAUCUUUGACUGACUACGUUACCCGCAUGCCCGAGCACCAAAAGCAGAUGUACUACAUCACUGGUGAGUCUUUGAAGGCAGUUUCCAAGUCUCCCUUCUUGGACGCUCUCAAAGCCAAGGACUUCGAGGUUCUUUUCUUGGUCGACCCUAUUGACGAGUACGCUAUGACUCAACUCAAGGAAUUUGAUGGCAAGAAGUUGGUUGAUAUUACCAAAGAUUUCGAGCUUGAGGAGACUGAAGAUGAGAAGAAGCAGCGUGAGGAGGAGGAGAAAGCUUUCGAGGGAUUGGCUAAGACUCUCAAGGAGGUUCUCGGUGAGAAGGUCGAGAAGGUCGUCGUUUCCCACAAGUUGGUUGAUGCUCCCGCUGCUAUUCGUACUGGUCAGUUCGGUUGGUCUGCCAACAUGGAGCGUAUCAUGAAGUCACAAGCUCUGCGUGAUACUUCGAUGAGCUCGUAUAUGGCAUCCAAGAAGACCUUUGAAAUCUCUCCUAAAUCACCAAUCAUCAAGGCCUUGAAGGAGAAGGCUGAGGAGGAAGGUGGUUCCAAGGCCGUCGCUAGCAUUGCCACUCUCUUAUACGAGACUGCGAUGUUGACUUCUGGCUUCACCCUCGAGGAGCCUAAUGCCUUUGCUCAGCGUGUCAACCGCCUCAUCGCUCUUGGUCUCCAAAUUGAGGAGAAGGACGAUGAAGAAGAGCCUGAGGCGGAGGCAGCUCCGGCCGCCGAAUCUUCAGCAGCCCCUGAGAGCUCGAUGGAGGAGGUUGACUAAACUUUAUGAUUUACGUUUCCUUCUUCAAAUAAAAAAGUUUCUUUGUUUCGUUCUCCUUCGUGUACUUUUUUCUUCUUCCUGUCCUUCGGUUAGUAUGGUGAUGGACGAACGACAGAUAUAGGGUAAUGGAUUUCAUUUUCUCUCCUCCCCCCCUUGUAUUUCUUUACCGAAGAAAUCAUUCGUUAAGUGCAUCGAGGGCUGGGGUUAUGAAUACCAUUGAUGUUUAAAGGUUGAAUUAAUUGAAUGCAAUGGCGUUUAUCAAAACUUG